GCAGCCCCCAUUCCCAACCUCGCUAUUCUCGCCCGCAACAUCCAUUGCAUCGCAAACUUGUCCGCUUGCGCCGCCAGUUGCAAUCUAAGAAAUGGCCAAGGACAGAAAGCCGAAAGGCUCCGAGGUCGUGACGCGCGACUACACGAUCCACCUGCACCCGAAGCUGCGCAAGUACGGCUUUAAGCGCAAGGCGCCGCGCGCGGUCAAGGUCAUCCGUGAUUUUGCGACCAAGACAAUGGGCACGUCGGACGUGCGCGUGGACACGCGCCUCAACAAGGAGAUCUGGAAGACCGGCGUGCGCAACGUGCCCUACCGCAUCCGCGUCCGCCUCUCCCGCAAGAGGAACGACGACGAGGACGCAAAGGAACCGCUCUACACCCUCGCCAGCUACGUACCCGUCACCACCUUCAAGGGCCUCCAGACCGUUACCAUCGAGGAGUAGGCGCGGCCGCUAAUUUUACAUAAAACGUUUCGCUUGUCGGUGGUGUCAACUUGUC